ACAAUCGGACAAAUGGCGUCGACCUCAGGGCCUGCAGUUGCGCAAGCAGCUCCGACACAGCGCGUGGGCUUCGUGGGGUUAGGCGCCAUGGGCAAGGGGCAGGCGAGCUGCCUCGCCCGACACCUGCAGUCGGCUGGCGCCGCGCCGCUGCUUGUGUUCAACCGCGACCCCUCGAAGACGCGGCAGCUGCUGGAGGAUCCGGGGCUGCCUCAGGGCUGCAUGGAGGCCGCAGAUAACCUGGAGGCCGUGGCUCGAACCUGUGACGUGGUGUUCACGAUGCUGGCGCACGACGCCGCAGUGCGAGAGGUGGCCACACAGCUGGCGACGGCGUUUGCCGCGGCGGGGGCGGCCGCCUCGGGGGCUGGGGCGGCGGGCGCGGUGCCACGAAUCCUGGUGGAUUGCAGCACGGUGAGUCCCGACACGACGCGGGAGAUGGCGGCCUUGCUGGGGGGUGUGGGGGUGCAGUACGUGGCGUGCCCCGUGCUGGGCAGGCCGGACGCCGCCGCCGCCGCCAACCUGCUCAUCUUCUGCUCGGGGCCCGAGGAAGCCAAACAGCGCAUCGCGCCCUACCUCGCCUGCAUGUCGCGCAAGGUGCUGGACCUGGGCGGGCAGCCGCACAAGGCGCACGUCAUGAAGCUGCUCGCCAACUUCCACCUGGUGUCGCUGAUUGAGCUGCUGGCGGAGGGGAUGACACUGGCGGAGAAGAACGGCAUCCCCAGGCAGAGCUACAUGUCGUUCAUUGAUGAGAUACUGCCGGUGCCCAUCGUGCACGGCUACGGCAGUCGCAUCGCGGCGGACGCGUUCGGAGCGGGCGCGGGCUUCACGGUGACUCUGGGCCUCAAGGACGUCAACCUCAUGCGGCGACUGGCCGAGUCUAGUGAGGCGCCCCUGCCGCUGGCUGACGUGGCCUACCAACACCUGCUGGCCGCAAAGGCCAACGGGCUGGCGGACCGCGACUGGGCGGCGCUGGCGGUGGCGGUCCGGCGAAACGCCGGGCUUACAGGCGGGCCGCCGCCGCCGCCUGCGGGGCAGCUGGAGCAGUAGAGGAGAAGAGGAGGAGCAGAGGAGGAGCAGAGGAGAAGAGGAGGAGAAGAGGAGAAGAGGAGGAGCAGAGGAGAAGAGGAGGAGCAGAGGAAGGGUAGGCGCAGUGAGAGGAGGAGUGGGGCGGGUAGGGGCUGCGGUGGCCGAGCCAGGAGUGCACUGCGGGCUGCUAGCCAAAGGGAGCUGUGGCGCGAGGGAUGGAGACGCGAGAGAAGGGCUGGGUGGCGGCGCAGGCGGCAGGCGGGGAGCUGGGUAGGGAGGCGUUCUGUGCCGGGACCGGACCGUUGACUGGUUGAGAGAUGUGCUGAUGUUUGUGAUAGCGGCGGGCCAGGGCUGCGCGGCUCGCAGAGCAGUGCCUAGAGUGGGCAGCGGGCACCCCGCGGGUCUGUCUGUGUAGUUACCCCUGCAACAGUUAACCGAAGUUACUGGUCGAAGGCGCAGGGUCGCGACUCGCGAGUCGCUCGCUCGGUUCUAACGAAACUCCCUCCCGGACAGCUUCCCAAGUUCACGGAUCCUGUGACCCAUGCUG